CGACAGCUGCUGGCCUUCGGCUAAUUUCAGUGCAAUUCGAAUUUUCGCGUGCAGGACGGUGGGAUUUAUUUUGUCCAUUAAACGCAAAUGCAGAGCCCACCGAGUGUGUGCUUCCGCGAAAAAUUGUGCGGUCAAUGAAACGAUUCUUAGUGGGAUGCGUGUACACGCGGCGAACAUCGCGAAGAUUCACGUCGAGUAGUUGGCCUACAAAACGUUUCUGAUAAUCAUGAAUUUGCAAACACUCUUCCAAGACUUCAAUCCAAGCAAAUUUCUCGUGCACUCCUGUUUGAUGAUAUUUACAUCCUUAUUUGCUCUUCGACUGGAUGGCUUCAUAGAAUGGAGUUAUUGGUCUGUGUUCACUCCAAUAUGGUUUUGGAAGAGUAUGGUAAUUUUGGGUGCUACUAUUGGAAGUUAUGUCUGGUGGAGGCAUCCGCAUGCAAGACUCGAAGGAGAUGCCUAUGUACAUUAUAAGGCAAUGUUAAUCACCUUGGCAUUGCAUUUGAUCCUGUUAAUGUUUGAAUUGUUAGUAUGCGAUAAAUUAGAAUCUGAAAGACAUUUAUGGAUCCUUGUAUUCAUACCGCUUAUCUUCAUCUCUAUAGUGUCGAUAGCAGUAUGUAUUUGGGCAGCGAAACAUGAUCGGUCAUUUGAACUUGAAUUAUUUUGUGCAGUUAAUGUAUUGCAAUUCAUUUUCUUGGCAUUAAGAUUAGAUGGUUUUAUAACGUGGAGUUGGGAAGUAGUAUUUGUGCCUCUUUGGGCACUUUUGUGCUUAUCUCUAGUUGCUGUACUAUAUGCCAUAAUAUUUGCUGUUGUUUUAUUAAGAACUCCACAGAUCAAUGCCAGACAAAGGAGAACAUCUUUAACUUCGGCAUUGGCAUACACAUUUCUUGUGGUUCCAAUUAUAGUUUUCCAAGUGUUACUAGCCAAUAAAUUAGAUGGAGAUAUUUCUCUAAAUUAUACAACGGUAGCAAUGCCGCUUUUAAUAUCUCAUAUAACACUUAUUUUUAUGUCUUUUGAUGCAAAGGGUGGAAAUAGAUGGUGGUUUGGUAUUAGGAAGGACUUUUGUCACUUCCUAUUAGGAUUAUGUCCACUUCUUCAAGAAUAUGGUAAUAUUUCAUACCAACCUAGAAGUGAUCACGACCAACCACCAUCUGAACCAAUGGUCUCAGAAAAAAGUGAAAAACACAUUAAAAAAAUUGACCUAACAAAACCUGUUGUACCUAUAAUUUCUAUUGAUAUGCCUGAUUGAUUGUUUCAUUUAGUUUCUGUUACAGGAUCAAUUCAGGUACUUGGAAUCUUUUAUUGAUAUGACUGGUUAAUACGAAGAGCCAUAUCUUAAUAUGUAACAGACAGGUACGUAUAUAAUAGUGAAAUCUAUUAUAAAAAAAAACUAUUAUUUUCAAUACGAAAUGUCGUAAUGAAAAUCUUGUUAUUGUUAAACUUAUAUUGUGCGCCAAGGCAAUCAUAAUCAUUAUAUUAUCUAUUUUGUUCCUGGGGCUUAAGAUUUUCAC